AUGCUCCUGAUGCUGUUCAUCAUCAAAGGGCAGUCAGGUGGACCAUUGGAGAAGAAGGAGCUGCCGACUUACGACCCCGCUAAUGUCUAUGCUGUGCAGGCGAACACUUGGAUGGAUGACCCCGUGUGGGACAUCUACCCGGGGCUCACUCAAGACACACAACUCCACGUCGAGUAG